AUGGACGAGCACAGGGGCAAAACAGCCGUCCAGCCUACCUCAACAAGACCGGACCCACAGGAAUGGAAGAACAAAGACAAGGGUCGUCCUAUGACCACACGAACACGAGGAUGGGAGCACGACGAUGGCCUCGUGAGGAAGGAUAGAAGCCCGCCCACCAUCGUCAUGCGUGCCCAAAUGUGUCAUCGAUUGUUUUUCCAGGUCCAGCCUACACCAAGCACGUCCAUCCAGUCAGCAAGAAGAGAAGUACCCCGAGAGAAUGAAACGUACUCUCGGACACCGGCAUCCAACCCCCCACAAAACGCAUUGCCGAUACUCCCUCACUCGCCCCGUGCACACGCUAGCACGGUCGAUUUCGACGCGUUGCUCGGAGCGCCGUCCGCCGUUUGUGUAGGGUACAUCGCCGAUGUCGUAUACUGGCCGCACCGUCCGUAA